AUGGCAUUUUCGCUGUGGGAGGGUCUCUUUCCUGAACAUAGGUCAACGUUCCUUGGAGCAGGCUACCUCCGUAAGCGUCGAAUCAAGCUCAAGAAUGCCUACCUGGAAUACAAGUUCGGUAGCGCAAGAAAUACGAAGCCCUGCCGAAGGUGGCGCGAGGUCCUGAGAGAUAUCGAGGGACACCGGGAGAAGUUGCUUGCAGCUGAGAUGUGGGGCCUCAUCGAUCAGAAGAAGAUCCCCCGGAAUCCCAAAGCUGAGGUGAAUUGGUUUGAUUACCUGGACCCCAAGGCUGGACCUCCCCCUUUCACCACUCUUGAGCAGUACCACAUUCCGUUGAAAUACCGGGAUGUAGCUCAUAUUUCGAAGGCUGCAGCUUAUUACCACUAA